CCGGCACUUCACUCGACAGCGCAGGAGUGGUGCCGGCACUUCACUCGACAGCGCAGGCGCGGAGUAGCGGGCUGUCUCCUUCACCUUGUCCUCAGCAGCGGCGGGUUCGGUCGGUCGGAGCGGCGACGCCAGGAUGUUUGUGCCACCUUCAUACGCAGAUCUUGGGAAAUCCAGCAGGGAUCUCUUCAACAAAGGAUAUGGGUUCGGUUUGGUGAAGCUGGAUCUCAAGACCAAAUCAUCGAGUGGAGUGGAGUUUACUACCUCUGGGACUUCAAACACUGACUCGGGCAAAGCUACAGGCAGCCUGGAAACUAAGUAUAAAAUGAAGGACUAUGGCAUCACCUUCACUGAGAAGUGGACUACAGAGAACACUGUGGCUGCUGAGAUCAGCCUUGAAGAUAAGCUUGCUAAAGGACUGAAGUUGACGUUUGACACCACAUUUGUACCAAACACAGGAAAGAAGAGUGGAAAGCUGAAGACUGCCUACAAGCGAGACUACAUUAACUUGGGUUGUGAUGUUGACUUUGACUUUGUCGGCCCCACCAUCUACAGUGCGGCAGUUUUUGGGUACGAAGGCUGGAUCAUCGGCCACCAAAUGGCCUUCGACACUGCCAAGUCCAAGCUGGCACAGAGCAACUUCUCCUUGGGGUACCGGGCUGGCGAUUUCCAGUUGCAUACACACGUCAAUGACGGCGCUGAGUUUGGCGGCUCCAUUUACCAGAAGGUGAACAACAAGGUGGAGACUGCAGUCAGCCUUGCCUGGACAGCUGGCAGUAACAACACUCGCUUUGGAAUUGCCACCAAGUACCAGAUAGACCAGGACGCCUACGUAUCAGCCAAAGUGAACAACUCCACCCUGAUUGGACUGGGAUACACUCACACCCUCCGACCAGGUGUGAAGUUGACACUCUCUGGGCUGAUCGAUGCAAAGAACAUUCACGCAGGUGGUCACAAGGUGGGUCUGAGCUUUGAGCUGGAAGCAUAGUUUGCGAAGAGAAUCAAAGCAACCUCGGGUUAGCUGCUAUCACACUAAACAUCUCUCGAGAAAACGACCCCUCCACAGACAAAGGCACUGAAGAAUUAUGAGGAUAUUUGGCCAUAUUGUUGGAUUUUUAUUCUGCUGAGCUCACUCAUCGACUGUCAACAGGAAGCAUGGAUCGCAGUCCCUUGGGAUUGGACCUGUUUCCCUCUCAACAGCAUCUGGGGGCUGUAUCAUGCCGAUAUUCUCAUUCUGAAUUA